AUGUAUAAACACAAAAAACGCAUAGUUACUAAUUUGAUUAAAAAAUCAAAACAACGCUACUUUCAAGAUUCGAUUGAAGAAAACAAAGAUGACCCUAAAGGAAUAUGGAAAGAUCUAAAGCAAUUAGCAAAAACACAAAAACCAUCUAUUAAAAUAGCAGAGCUGACUGACGAUCACGGAAAUAAGUACACGGGGCCACAGGAAAUAUCCGAAAUCAUGAAUAAUUUCUUUAUUAACAUCUUAAAACAAGUGGGAGACAACACGACUCAAGCUGGAGAAUUUCUUCAUGAACACGUAAUUGCGGAGUUUGUAUCAUCGAAGAUCUUAGACGAUCAAGCCCAGUUUAGCAUUCCUGAAAUAACGAGUAAAGAUGUCCAAGAAAUAAUAGAUAAACUGUCAAAUAAUGAAGCUACAGGUUCUGAUGGAAUAAGUGUGAAACUCCUUAAACUGAUUGCACCGGUUUUUUGCGAACCAUUAACUAAAUUGUUAAAUUACUCGAUAGCCACCAAUACAUUUCCAUCUGCAUGGAAGAUGGCUCGUGUUACCCCCCUUUAUAAAGAUGGAGAACGUGAUCAGAGUAAUAACUACCGACCAAUAUCAGUAUUAUCUGUAUUGUCGAAGAUUCUUGAAAAGCACGUGGCCAAAUCCUUAAUGAAUUAUCUUGUAAACAACAACUUAUUAUAUGAACUACAAUCUGCAUUUCGAGAAGGUCAUUCUACAGAAUCAGCGUUGAUAAAACUUACUGAUCAAAUAUUGUCAAACAUGGAUCAAGAUAAUGUUACUGGCGUCUUGUUUAUAGACUUUAAGAAGGCGUUUGACAUUGUGGACCAUCAAAUUAUGCUAAAGAAACUUAAACUAUACAGAGCUAGUGAGUCUACCCUUCAAUGGUUUAAAUCGUACCUUACCAACCGAUCGCAAUUCGUUACAAUUGAUGGUAAACAAUCUCGACCACAAUUUGUAACACACGGCGUACCUCAGGGAUCUGUAUUGGGCCCUAUAUUGUUCCUUCUGUUUGUCAACGAUAUUCCCCUUCAUGUUCCAAAUUCGAACUUAGAUAUAUUUGCAGAUGACACAACGUUAUCAGCUAGUACACAGUGGACAAAUAUCCCUUCCAUGGUUCAAGAUUUGAAAAAAGACCUCGAUAGUAUAUGUAAUUGGUCCAUUAACAACAAAAUGGUCAUCAAUACGGAAAAGACCAAAUCUAUGCUUGUUACCGGAAAGCGUUUAAGGAAAAAAAUACCAGACGAACAUCUUCAAAUGGAUCUUGCUUUAGGAAGUACGACA